AUGCCUCACUCCACACAUACACACACCCCGCGGCCCCGCGCGCGCCCCCGAGGGUCUUCGGUGGCGGGGGAGGCUGGAGGCGGGGCCCCGCGUGCCGGCCAACGCUCCCCGGCCUCAGCUCCCCCCCAGAUCAUAAGAAAAAACAAUGAGGCGGCCGAGCGCGCUUCCCUCACUCACCUAGUGCCGGCGCCACAGCCAGCGAAUUCCGACUCGCUGUGCUCUGCCUCGGCUCCUCGUCUGCCUCCGCGCCGGGCUGGCCAGAGGCCUGGAAGCAUCCAACCCCACCCCCUCCCUCGCCCGCUGGCUCCGGGCGCAGGACCCGCGGCCGCACUUCCGAGGCGGAGCGAGGCCCUCCUCCUCCUCCCUCCCUCCCAGUCUCCCGGGCCACCCAGCGUCCCAACCGCCCCCAGACCGUGGCGACUAACGCUACCGCCACUCUCGGGCACUGGGAAGCCAAUGUCUGUUAAGUCCCGAACCGUCCGAGACUCGCACCUCCCAGCGGCUCUUUUGCAUAUUCAGGAGCAGCCGCCGCCCAUUGGCCCGCCGACGGUGGCGCGUGAGGGGAUGAGCCUAUCGAAUUCCGGCCGGGAAGAGUAAAGGUCCUGUUCUCGAGAUGAAAAACAAGCUGGCCGAAUGAAUAGAAGUCACUCUCCAAAGUGUGGAAGAUUUAAGCUCAAGUCCUGCCUCAGAGACGUUAUCCAACUUUCUAUAGGACUCUAGUUUCAGAGAAGCAAUUAGUCCUCCUUGGGGAGGGAGAGUCCACCGGGGAAUUCUUUAUAAGUACCAAUAAAAAUCACAGAUCUAGUUUCCAGCCUCUCUAUCUUCCAUAGUCAAUUCCUUGGGUUACCGUGGCCAACAAAACAAUUUUAAUUUCUAUAAGUAUUGUUAGUUGGACUGUGCAUAGACAGAAAAGUAAAAGAGAUUCCAUUUCAAAAAAUGAGAACCUUUUUUUCAAAUUAUUUUAAUGCAGAGGAGAAGCUAGAACCUUCUUAAUGUAAAGACGACUAAGAGAGCAUUAAGCUCAUCUCUGAUUACUAAUCUUCUUUAAGUAGGUGAAAGGUGAUUUUCAUUAGCUAGCCUCCAGCUAAAGUAGGGGCUUACUUCCCCAGUGAACCUCUAGCAGCCUGAACAGGGUGGAGUGAUGUACUGAACAAAAGACAUCCUACUCUACUUGGGACUGAUGCCAAUUUAUCUACCUGAAGGAACGGAUCCUUUACCUGAGCAACCUGUUCUUCCACUAGAAUCCUAUAGAAAUUCUGCUACCCUUUGAAAUAUUGUCAUUUGAUACUUCCUGAAGAUAGGUUCUAGAAUUUCGUAUCUGAAAAUACUUAACAUUUUGUUUUUGCAGUAAGCAUAGUUUGGGAGUUUUCCCCCCCUACAAAACUAAGGAAACCACUUUCAAAUGACAGAAGAAAAGAACUUAAGAUUGAACCCUACCAACAUUAAAAGGAAUACAACCUAAUAAGACUGAUCUAUGUUCACCUAAAUUGAUUUCUUACAUUCCCAUAAUAAAAAAUCAUGAAAAAAUCUUCAA